AUCUCUCUAUAUAUUCCUCUUCCCAAACCCUUAGAAUCAUCACUCGGCAGCAGCAGCAGCAGCACACGGACUACUACAGGACUAGCACCAGUCUACAUUAAGAAACCAAACUCACUUGAGAUGGCAUCCCGAUUCUUUCUCCUAGCCGUUUUGGUUGCAUCGGCUUCUCAUGCUUUCGCCUCCGACCCAAGCAUGCUCCAGGACUUUUGCGUCGCUGACAAGACGUCGCAAGUUCUUGUCAACGGAUUUGCAUGCAAGGACCCAAAAGCCGUCAGCGUCGAAGACUUCUUCUUCUCCGGCCUCCACAUGGCCGGCAACACCAGCAACAAACAGGGCUCCGCCGUGACGGGGGUCAACGUCGCCCAGAUCGCCGGGCUCAACACCCUGGGCAUCUCCCUCGCCCGCGUCGACUACGCGCCCUACGGCCAGAACCCGCCGCACAUCCACCCGCGCGCCACCGAGAUCCUGACGGUGCUGGAGGGCUCGCUCUACGUCGGCUUCGUCACCUCCAACCCGGACAACAAGCUCUUCGCCAAGGUUCUCAGCAAGGGGGACGUCUUCGUGUUCCCGCAGGGGUCCAUCCACUUCCAGUUCAACUACGGGACCAACAGCGCCGUGGCCCUGGCGGCACUCAGCAGCAUGAACCCUGGCGUGAUCACCAUUGGCAAUGCCGUGUUUGGAUCAAAGCCGGCCAUCUCAGGCGAUAUCCUUGCCAAGGCCUUUCAGGUGGACAAGAUGGUUGUAGACCGCAUUCAAGCUCAGUUCUGAAGUAUCUAGCUACAUAUUUCUUUAAUUUGUUGACGACCAUGAAUUGGGAUUAUUUCGUUAUUCGUAUUCAUUUAUGUAUAUUUGUUGCUUAAUUAUUUGAGAAAACAUCACCUGUUCUUGUGUCGAUCUACCUCUUAUGGAAAGGAAAAAAAAACUGAACGAUUCCUUUCGCGGUAUGGAAGGGCUUUGGCAUGUGGUGAUGCAGGCUAUUUGUUCGUUUGGAAACCAUCUUGUGUGCUUUG